GCAGGACUGCCUGAUCAAGUGAGUCAUCUCGCAGUUUACUUCCUGUUAGCUUCUCCAGAGACGAGGGAAAUUUUAAAAACGGUUUGUUUUUGUAACAAAACGAACACAUUUCUUGUUUAAAAUGUAUCGACCUACAUCUUUGCUUUAUAAAUGGAUUCAGGAAAACAACGCGUUGGUACAGAAAUUGAAGCGGGUUGAAAGCAGUCACUCACUGAGCAGAGAUCAGAACCAGAAUCAUCUGCGGUGGUGCUCCUUGGAGUUUGACAAACUUUUGAGUAAAGUUCAAGGUGUCCCUCCACUUGCGGAUGACACCCAUUUGGAGCUAUCAGUGGCCUACAACACAUGUUUAUGCUUCACUGCUCAAUCUCGGUUCACAGACUCUGUGCUGAUCCUCUCACAGUCCAUACAGAGAGUUUUACAGACGACAGAUGAAGCCCCUCAAUCCGUGGCAUCAGAUCUCCCUGCAUUUUGGAAAAAGGUCUUAAAAUCAGUCAGAAACACAACUUUGAAUAAUUUUGUCCUAAACCUACUAUGCUCACAGUGGCUAAUAUGGUUGGCCACGUGUAAGCUGAAAGCUGUACAGGAAUUUGAGGAGGACCUGUAUUCUCUGACUAAAACACUAUGUGCCGGAGCUGAAAAUGACAUGGGGUGUAAAAAAGUAGAAAAGUUUCUUUACACGCCACUGCUAGUGAUGGAGCCAAGAAGGCUUGCUGAAUUAUUGCAGAUUUGGACUUCCGUUGCCCAAGGUGCUGAAAGACUCGCAGAGGGACAGAAUUUAGAGGCAUUGUCUGGUCUGCAGAAAGCCUCGUCCCUACCUGCACCUAGGAUCCUUCUGGCUUAUAUUCAUCACCUUUGUGGCUGUUGCUUUGUUCAAAUGAACUGCCCUCAGAUGGCACUGCAGUGUUACAAGAAGGCACUGGAAACUGACUACAGUUGUGUCUGUGCUCUGUACCAGAGUGUGCUCAUCUACAGACAACUGGGAAACACACAGGCUGAGAUUCAAGCUCUUUGUCUGCUGUACUCCACGUUGAUGUUGCCUCCUCCUGUAGUGCCUCCUCUGGCCGAUGCUCAACUCCUUUCUCCGUCUCUGCUGCUACACAGCCAGUCAUUUGACACUUUGCACUUCGUUCCCUCUGCCCUUUCUGUCCUUCACACUUUGGCCCUGAAAUGUGUGCUCCACAACAGGUUGGCAGAGGGUGUGGAUCAUUAUCUGGACUUGCUGGCUACUCUCCAAUCAGAGGAUCAACAGCCUAUUAAUAGUAAAGUGCCUGAUUAUCCCAGGCUGCCUGAGCUUUACCUGGAGGCUGGUGCUGCCUUGCUCAUGGCAUGUCGUCCUGCUGAUUGUAUGGCUCUUUGCAAUGAAGUCAUCAACACAACAUUGGAACUGCUGCCACAGAGGCUGGUGUUGGAAGAUCCAGAGAAAAGAAGUCAUGGUGAAGACAAUGAUGACAAUGGUGAAGAUAAGGCAGCAGUGCUGUUCUGGACUGGAACUGCCUACUUACUACAGGGUCACUGCUACAGUCAGCUGAAGGACUGGAAACAAGCUGUGACUCACUACACCAGGUGUAUCAACCUGCUGGUUAAAGUAUGUGUUAAAACAAAAGGCUCCCAGCCACAAGUUCCUGGCCCAGGUGUGGUUGUCAAGCCAGGAACACAUGUGUGUGUCCUCCAAAGGCUGAAGGGUCUUUCUCUGGUUGGAAGAGGUGUCAGCUUCACCCUGACUGAUCAUCUACAGGAGGCCCUUAGAGACCUGCAGCUCAGUCUACACGCUUUCCCUGAGUGUGUGGUUGCAGGGCUGUGGUGUGGUGAAGUGCUGUGGAAGCUUGGCAGGAGGAGAGAGGCAGCAGCUUGUUGGGAAAAGACCUGGAGCUACAGCACACAAUCCACAGUGGAUGAUCUACCACUAUACCUACAAGAACCCCAGUUGGGAUCUUUACUUGACUCCACAGAGAUACGGAAGAGAAUACAAGAACUUGGUCCGACCAGGUCAACAUGAACCAGGACAACAGAAGACUACGGAAAGACUAACUUAAGGACUACAACCUAUGCAUACAACAGAAAUCUCUCUAAAAUAAAGCAUAUUGUAAAUUGC